AUGCAAGAUCAAGAUCUUGAUGCGCAACUGAUUGUCAAAACCCGGGAUUUUUCAUUAAAAGAGCUUUCCAGUCGCAUUGGGAGUACCUAUCGAUGGAAAAGUGCUCUAAGCGAUCAUGAGCUAAAUCUACACACUGUUGAACCAGUAAAGAUUGCGCAAGGUGAGUAUAUGGGUAACAAAGCCAAGGAACACGUAAUCAAGGAGAUAACUCCCGAGGAGAGUGAUUUGGCCCAUAGAAGUGAGGCUCUGGAAGAGAGAGUUGAUACUGGGUUAGCUAUGGCAGUGAUUGAGGGUGAUUUUUUUAGUGAUAAACAAAUGACUCCAAACAAGAAUGUCAGGGCAACCAAUCCUCAGAUUAGAGGUGAACCUAAGAAGAGUAGUAAGAGUAAGCGUUUAGGUGCUGGUGCUAUGACCUAG